UGGAAAGACACAUUCGGAGUUUGGAUUCCAGCAAGUGCAGGUCGGACACGCCAAUCUGUUGAUUUGUUAACAAAACUCAAGUGUCGCCGGUCGACAGAAACAGAACCACCACUCGAAGUGCAUCCAUCAUGAGUAACGGAAGGCAUUUGGCCAAGGGUUCCUCGGCACCGGUUCUACCCAACGAUGGAAAGCUGGUGCUGUACUCGAUGCGUUUCUGCCCGUACGCCCAGCGUGUGCACCUGAUGCUGGACGCCAAGAAGAUCCCAUACCAUACCGUCUACAUAAACCUGAGCGAAAAACCGGAGUGGUACUUUGAGAAAAAUCCCCUCGGCAAGGUGCCCGCCCUGGCGGUGCCGGGCAAGGAGGGCAUCACGCUCUACGAAUCGCUGGUACUGGCCGACUACAUCGAAGAGGAAUACUCGACCCAACAGCGCAAGCUGUACCCGACGGAUCCGUUCCGUAAGGCGCAGGAUCGUAUUUUGAUCGAGCGCUUCAGCGGCGUCAUUACCGCCUACUAUCGUAUUCUGUUUUCCACCGACGGCAUCCCGCCGGGCGCGAUCACGGAGUUUGGCAUUGCGCUGGACGUUUUCGAGAAGGAGCUCAAAUCAAGGGGCACGGCGUACUUUGGGGGCGAUAAGCCCGGCAUGAUCGACUACAUGAUUUGGCCGUGGUGCGAGCGGGUCGAUUUGCUGAAGUUUGCGCUCGGUGAUAAGUACGAGCUUGAUAAGGAACGUUUUGGUAAAUUGCUGCAAUGGAGAGAUUUGAUGGAAAAGGAUGAUGCCGUGAAACAGUCUUUCAUCUCGACCGAAGACCACACCAAGUUUUUGCAAAGCCGCAAGAAUGGCGAAAAUAACUACGAUAUUUUGGCGUAAGCAUUCAGUGCCCAUAAUUCCAUCCAAGAUCCAUUUAAAUGUAUGACGCAUAACACGAGCGUUCCGCGGAUAACAUUCAGUAAUGCACCCUCUGUAUCAUCACAUUUCCUAACCGGCAAACAGUGUAUUAUUAACCCUUAUAUAUGUUAAAAAAGUGGCAUCAAAUGCAAAUAUCAAAGCUUUUUAGGUUUGAUGAAAUAAAUUGAUACAUUCAAA